AUGGCUCGCGUAAAGGUCGUGGCGCCGGACCGCAUUUUGGUCCCGGGGAAAUCCAACCUCGAUCGAUGUGACAACAAGGUCGUUUCGGCGCGAUACACUGCGCUUACCUUUUUUCCGGUGGCAAUUUUGGAGCAGUUUCGUCGGUUCGCCAAUCUUUACUUUUUGAUUGUGGGCUGCAUCAUGGCGUUGGGCGAGUACACGGACGCCUUUGAGACGGCCAUUUCCCCCUGGACGACGCUGGGUCCGCUCGCCUUUGUCAUUAGCAUUUCUCUCCUUGUCGAAGGCUCGGCCGAUUACAAGCGUCACAAGAACGACGGAGACACCAACAAUGCCCCCUCCGAGGUCAAGAUCGCUUUUCAGAAGGUGCGACGCAUGGAUAUUCGACAAGGACAGUUUGUUCUCCUCAAGAAUCGCAACAUGGUUCCCGCCGAUAUUGUUCUUUUGGCAAGCUCUAACGAUCACGGGGGUGCCUACAUUGAGACUUCCUCAAUCGACGGUGAAACCAACCUCAAAUUGCGUAAUUCUCCUCGUUUACCACCUUCCCGGGGUUCGGCGUUCGAUGCCGACAGCAGCCCUCCUAGUACUGGCUUUGAUGACGGCAAGUAUAUUGCGGCACUCGUCACGGAGCCACCAAAUCCAAGUGUGCACACUUUCAGCGGAAAGCUUACCCUGCCGCCAUUCAAGACCGGAGAAUCUCCUAUCGACAUUCCGCUGGGUGCAGACAAUGUCUUACUUCGUGGGGCUGUUCUACGAAAUACGGAAUGGGCUAUUGGUGUAGCCUUCUUCACGGGAACCGACACUAAAUUGAUUCAAAACUCUUUCGAGACGCCGUCGAAAUUCAGUGUAUUGGAUCGUCUCAUGAACUACACUGUAUUGGCAAUUCUUUGUAUUAUGGUCGGAUGCAUUGCCUACUUGGCCACGCAGGCGGAUGAGUCAGAGCCAUGGCCUUACUUGCCGAAUCUUCCUCCCCCGGCGUGGGAGACUUCCUCGAAUAACUGGCUUCAAUUUUUCUUUCUGUAUGUGACGUUGUUGAACAACUUUAUUCCGUUGAGUCUAUACGUUACGGUUGAGUUUAUUACUUUUUGCAUGCUUUGGUUCAUCUACGCCGAUCGCGAAAUGUACGACGACACUACUAAUACACGUGCUGUUGCUCGGAGCACUAUUGUUACCGAUCUUGGUCGGGUUCAGUACAUUUUCUCCGAUAAGACCGGUACUUUGACUCAAAACGUAAUGCGCUUCAAACGCUGCUCAGUGGACGGAAUGGCAUUCGGGGCGCCCAUCCAGAAAGCGGCUCCCGGGGCCCAAAACGAUGCCGACGACGCUCCUUUCCUGCCUCUACGUCAGCUUCUUGUGGGUCAAUUCAAGUCUCAAAGGACAGCUGGUCUGGAGGGACUGGGAGGCUCCACUUCUUCGGAUGCGGCUCCUGUUGACAAGAAAUUAACCUUCAAUGCCGAAAUGUUUCUCCGAGUACUAAGUCUGUGCCACACUGUUGUUGACAGAAACGGACGAGGGGACGAACGGGAAAAAGGCCCGGAUGGUGCACCGUACGGCUAUGCCUAUCAAGCAGAGUCUCCAGACGAAGGGGCCCUCGUUUCUGCAGCAAGUACAACGUAUGGAUUUCAGGUCAUUGGUCGCGAUGCGGCCGGUAUUCGGUUGCGUGUUAAAGAAAAGGAGGAAACAUGGACCAUUCUAGCCGUCAACAAGUUCGAUUCAGACCGAAAACGCAUGUCGAUUCUAUUGCGCUCACCGCCUGAGCUCGGCUCCCUUCCUAUUCUGUUUUGCAAAGGAGCAGACUCGGCAAUGCUCGACCCUGCAAUUGUUUCCAAUAUGGCCAAUAUGUUGGGGCUACAAGCGCACCUUGGUGAUUUUGCUUCGGAAGGGCUGAGAACUCUAGUACUGGGCAUGAGGGUUCUGACGGAGGCGGAGUGCGAAGAGUGGCUCAUAGUUUACAAAGAAGCCGCUGUCGCACUUAAAGAUCGAUCGGAACUUCUCACAAAAGCUGCACUCCAGAUUGAGCGAAAUAUUCAUAUUGUUGGUGCAACAGCAAUUGAAGACAAGCUUCAGAAGGGUGUUCCAAAGACAAUUGCAACUCUUGGAGAAGCAGGCAUCAAACUUUGGGUCUUGACCGGGGAUAAGCGUGAGACUGCAGUCGAAAUCGGAUAUUCUACCCAUGUUCUUACUCCAAGAAUGCAUUUGACUCAAGUUCCUGACAAUGGCAAAUAUCAUGUUCGGACUCAGAUGAUGUUUGCGAUUGAUCGACAGGUUCGGAAAGGACAUUUGAAGAAGCACAUGCAUUGGCAGCGACUUGCCGCCAUCGAGGAAGAUGGGGGAUCAAGAAGAGCAGUUACGGUAGUGCCACCGAAAGCUAGUGACGGGCCUAGAGCGUUAGUAAUUGAAGGUGCUGCUUUGAAGCAUUUGUUGGGUGAUCCGGAAAUGGAAGAGAUUUUGUUUUCCGUUGCAAGCAGCUGUGAUGCUGUCAUUGCCUGCCGUGUAAGCCCGCAACAAAAGGCUCUUUUAGUGAAGCUGGUACGAUAUAACGUAAAGCCUGAACCAAUCUCGUUGGCAAUUGGCGAUGGAGCCAACGACGUCGGAAUGAUUCAAGAAGCUCACGUUGGAAUUGGCAUCUCGGGGAAGGAAGGCCAACAAGCUGUAAAUGCUUCCGAUUUUGCGAUAGCUCAGUUCAGGUUUCUGGAGGAACUCGUUUUGAUACACGGCCGGUGGAAUUUUUUUCGUCUUAGUACGGUGGUUUUGUACUCAUUUUACAAGAACGCUUUAAUGGCUGGAAUUCUUAUCGUGUUUGCAUCUCGGACCGUCUACAGUGGCACGCCCUUGUUCGACGAGUGGUUGAUUGCGAUGCUUAACUUUGUAGCCGCGGCUCCAAUUGUGGCCCUCGGGCUUUUUGAUCGCUGCUUAAGCAAAGAAUACGUUCGAAGCCAUCCCGAAGUCUACAAGGCAACACGAGAGAACGAGUUGAUCACCUUUCGGACCUUGUUGCGAUGGAUUGCUUUGACAUUUGUCCAUAUUUUCACGCUCUUCUUUUU